GUGACAGGAAGGCGGUGCGUCAGGCGCGGGAGGGGCACUUUGAGCUUCGGAGUCGGAAGUGAUUUGCGGCCUGUGUCCAGGGUCUGGAAUUUGUGGACUGUACAAGAUCCCGAAGUCCCUUGGCCGGCCCCAGUAACGAGUUCCGAACCUCAGCAGUACCGGCACCAUGAUCCUGCUGGAGAUCAACAACCGCAUUGUGGAGGAGACGCUCACCCUGAAACUGGAGAACGCUCUGGCCGGCAAUAAACCGGACACAGUGGAGGUCACUUUUGCAGAUUUCGAUGGGGUUCUCUACCACAUUUCCAACCCGAACGGGGACAAAACUAAGGUGAUGGUCAGCAUCGCCCUGAAGUUCUACAAGGAGCUGCAGGAUCAUGGGGCAGAUGAGUUACUGAAGCGAGUAUACGGCUCCUACCUUGUCCCUUCUGAACCAGGGUACAAUGUAUCUCUGCUGUUCGACCUGGAGAACAUCCCUUCAAACAAGACAGAGCUGAUCCACCAGGCCGGCAUGCUGAAAAGGAAUUGUUUUGCCUCCGUCUUCGAGAAAUACUUCAACUUUCAAGCAGAGGGCAAGGAGGGAGAGAAGCGUGCCCUGAUUCAUUACCGUGACGAUGAGACCCUCUACGUGGAAGCCAAAAAGGACCGCGUGACAGUGGUCUUCAGCACGGUUUUCAAGGAUGAUGAUGACGUUGUGAUUGGAAAGGUCUUUAUGCAGGAGUUCAAGGAGGGUCGGAGGGCAAGCCACACGGCCCCCCAGGUGCUGUUCAGCCACCGGGAACCUCCCCUGGAACUGAAGGAUACCAAUGCUGCUGUGGGUGACAACAUCGGCUAUAUCACCUUCGUCCUGUUCCCUCGACACACCAACCCCAGCACCCGUGAUAACACCAUCAAUUUGAUUCAUACCUUCAGAGAUUACCUGCAUUACCACAUCAAGUGCUCCAAGGCUUACAUCCACACCCGUAUGAGGGCCAAGACAUCGGACUUCCUCAAGGUGCUGAACCGUGCACGCCCUGAGAGUGAGAAGAAGGAAAUGAAGACUAUGUCGUUUUUCCGUGGCAGACUACCGUUCUGCUUUUUACAGAAAAGAGUCUUUGGCGAUAGUCCAGUAGCCCCAGUGCGUAGGGAGUGGACAGGGAGCGCAGUGCAGUCUCGGAGAGUCAGGGGGAAGACCUUUACUGCCCGAUAAUAAACUGGCGGCCACAGAUGGGCGAGGAAAGCCCAAAAGCCUCCCCAAUCCCUCCCCCACAAACACACACAAAGAAUCAUUGCCGUGGUCAGCGGGACCUUUCCAGUGCAUUCCCAGAAAUAUUCCCCACCUUCUGUCAUUUUCCAAGCUUCCCUUGUGUUGAAUUCCUACUUCCUGGGACCCUCCCAAUGGAAAUAAAAGCCCCUUCACCUCUCCGAUCCGUGUCCUUAACAUUUCGCUGUUGCUUUCCAUGGCCUGUAAUAAAUCGAUUCAGUAUGUUACUCCCAGUCCCUGCCCUCGAACUGUGCCGCAGCGCUGACGGAGACAGUAGCACUUCCAGAAAAAUAAAGUUUUUGUAUGUCA